AUGAGGCCGUGCUCCCUUCGGCCAUAUUUGCCUACCUCUGCAUUGAGAAGACGGGCUCCCGGAAAGCGAAGCUAUGCUGUCCAAGCUCCUGGAGCACCAACACUUGAGAUAUUCAACCAGCAUGUGAAGUACCUGCAGAAGGAGAGAGCUGCUUCCAAUGCAGAACAGAGCCGCAAGGUCGACUACAUCCGAGAUGAAGUGGCUCAGAGGCUAUGUGAGCGCUUACUAGACAUUCAACGACAUUUCCCUUCAGUGUUAGACCUAGGCGCAAAUAGCUUGAACAUAGCCCGAGCUCUCGCCAAUCCCGACCACCUCACUAUCUCAUCACAUCCAUCAUCCGCGCCAGAUGCACCCUCCGCUCCAGACGUCACUGAUCCGUCCAAACUCCUCACAUCCCGCAUCAGCCACCUCACCUGCGCCGAAACUUCACCUACUCUUCUCCAUCGCGAUCCAGAACCUCAAUCUUCCAUACCACUCGAGCUACAGCUUCUGAACUCUCUCGAAACUCUUCCUUACGAACCCAAUACAUUCGAUGCCGUACUCUCCUCACUCUCCAUCCAUUGGGUCAAUGACCUUCCCUCUCUUCUUGCACAGAUCAAUUCCAUCCUCAAACCUGAUGCACCCUUUCUUGCCGCGAUGAUGGGCGGAGAUUCAGUGUUCGAGCUCCGCACGUCCUUGCAAUUGGCCGAUCUCGAACGUCGAGGUGGAGUUUCGCCUCAUGUCUCUCCCAUGGCGGAUGUCCGAGAUGUUGGAGGCUUGCUUUCAAAGGCUGGCUUCAAGCUAUUGACGGUGGAUGUUGACGAUAUGGUGGUGGAGUAUCCAGAUACUUUCGCGUUGAUGAUGGACCUACAGGCCAUGGGGGAGAGUAAUGCAAUAUUGAAAAGUGCUGGUGGCCUGGGCGGGUUGAGUCGUGAUGUGUUGUUGGCAAACGAAAGUAUAUAUAGACAAUUAUACGGAGAAGAAGCAAAUGAGGGUCUACCAGCGACUUUUAGGAUUAUAUACAUGAUUGCUUGGAAAGAGGGAGCUGGACAGGGAAAGCCACUCCCACGUGGUAGUGGGCAGUUGGACUUGAAAGAUGUCCUUGGUGGUGGCGACUUUAAAGUAUCAUGA